AUGGAAAACCAGAGCAUGGUGACUGAGUUUGUUCUAGUCUCCUUCCCUGUUCUCCAGGAGCUUCAAACUUUCCUCUUUGUGGUCCUCUUGUUAACAUACAUGCUAACCAUAGCAGGAAACAUUGUCAUCAUUUCCCUGAUCUGGACUGAUUAUCGUCUCCAUACUCCAAUGUAUUUUUUCCUCAGUAACUUAUCUUUUUUGGACAUUUUGUUCACCACUGUUAUUGCCCCCAAGUUGUUGUCCUGCCUCCUUAAUGACAGAAAAACCAUCUCAUUUGCAGGCUGCAUCACCCAAACAUAUUUCUAUUUCUUCCUUGGUACCGUAGAGUUUAUUCUUUUAGCUGUAAUGUCAUUUGACCGCUAUGUAGCUAUCUGCAACCCACUGCGUUACACCAUCAUAAUGAACAGCAGAGUCUGCCUUUUGCUAGUUCUGGGUUGUUGGGUAGGAGCUUUCCUAUCAGUAUUGUGUCCAACUAUUGUGGUGUCCAGGUUGCCCUAUUGUAACAAGGAGAUUAGUCAUUUCUUCUGUGACAUCGCCCCUCUGUUACAGGUUGCCUGUAUAGACACUCAUCUCAUUGAGAUUAUCAACUUCCUUUUGUCUUCCAUGGUUGUCUUGAGCUCCUUGGUACUCACCAUUGUAUCCUAUAGCUACAUCAUCUCCACCAUCUUGCGUAUCCCUUCAGCCCAAGGCCGUCAGAAGGCCUUUUCCACCUGUGUCUCUCACAUUACAGUAGUUUCCAUUGCAUAUGGAAGCUCCAUUUUCAUGUAUGUGAGACCUAACCAGAGCUAUUCCUUGGAUUUUGACAAGGUAACUGCUGUCUUUACCACAGUGGUGACUCCUCUUCUGAACCCCUUCAUUUAUAGUUUGAGAAAUGAAAAGGUAAAAGAAGUCUUGAGAGAGGCCAUCAGCAAGAUCAUUUCCUUGCUCCCAAGAAGAUCUUGAUGUUGAAUAUUUGGGUCUUUUUUUUUAAGACCUUAAAAAUAUUUCAUCUCUCCAUUUCUGCUCUGUGUGAAUUGCAUUACUUCAGGUCCAAGAGCCUGAAACCAUCCAGACAAGACAGAAGGGUCAUCACAUCAGUGGUGAGAGUCCAGAAAAUUACUUCUAAAUCUAGAGAAUCUUUCUCAGACUUCUGUGCAUAGAAUGAACACUGGAUAAGUAUUUGUUGAUUGACAGGAAAUGAAACAGCUAGAAAAUCUGUGCUUAUUUGUAGACAGGAAAAUCAUAGGAUCAUAAGAUUUUAGAGUUGAAAGAAACCUUAGAAAUCAUAUAGUUCAGGAGUUCUUAACCUUUUUCGUGUCAUAGUCCCCUUUGGCAGUCUGGUGAAGCCUGUGGACCCCUUCUCAGAAUCAUGUUUUUUAAAUGCACAAAAUAAAAUACUUGAGAUUACAAAGAAAACCAAUUUAUUUGUCACUUUGGGCUUCCUAGUAGUAUUAAAAUGUCCUGUCCUAUAGAUAUUCCAUGAUGCAGCUCUUUGUAUCCCAUAUUCUCAUCUCCUAUAAGUACUGGGGCUUGGCCCACUUGCUCCCUUCACAUUGACUGCUACAAUUGAAUUAAUAUAAAACUGGCCCAACAUCUAUGAGACAGCUCCUUCUGCCUCUUUUCCAUCAUCCUACUACUGUCCCUGGGGAAAACAAAAAGGGAAUACAGUGGAUUGUGAGCCAUUUUGCAUUUUUAUGUUUUAUGGGUUGCUACAAUCAUAAAAUUUGUUGCCAUAUUCUAAUCUCCAACUGAGCUAUAUUGGUUCUCCAUGUGUG